AAUUAAAUCAGUUUCAAUAUAUUAUUAAUAUUAUUUAUAAACCGCAUUACCACAAAACGUAUAAUAAUAUUUCACAAGUGUUAACAGUGCAUUAAAGCCUGCCUAAUAAGUAAUAACUUUAGGUAGUUCAAAGUUUAUGAUAGCUUGACAGUUGUCGAUGGAUGACAAAUAAAAAAAUGUGAAUGAUAAUUAAUUAUUAUAAUAAUAUUUCGUCGGCCGCCGUCGUUCAUUCUGUCACACCGUCCCCCCCACGCUAUUUAUUUGCUUGCGAUUACGAGAACGAAAUUUAUUCAUUAAACUUUCGAUUACCAACAAUGUUUAUAAUAUCAUUAUGUUCCUAUCGGACCUGUUCAAGUACAGACAUCAAAUGUUGAUCCGCAUAAAUGUUUUCCUGGCAUUGUUAAUAGGCAGUAGCCUGAUUUUGUUGGGAAUUAUCUAUUGCUUUGUAUCAAAUAAUGGUAUCCCAAAACAUGAAUUUCAAGUAUCAAACAAAAGAGAGUUUCAGCUUUUUGGAACUGCUGAAUCUGAACACAAUACAGAUCUUAUUAAUAAGCUGAAAAGGGACCUUGCUUCCGCAAAUGAGAAAAUAGAACAACUUGAAAACAAGAUGCAAGGGUUUGAAGAACGUAUCAAAAAGCCUUAUCCAAAUGUCAAAUAUUUAAACUAUCGUUCAAAAAAACGUAUUCUGGUUACUGGUGGUGCUGGUUUUGUUGGAUCUCAUUUAGUUGAUAAAUUGAUGAAAGCCGGUCAUGACAUUACUGUUGUAGAUAAUUUUUUCACUGGAGUGAAAGCAAAUGUUGAACAAUGGAUUGGUCAUGCUAACUUUGAGUUAAUUCAUCAAGAUAUAGUCAAUCCUCUAUUUGUUGAAGUAGAUGAGAUUUAUCAUUUAGCUUCACCUGCAUCGCCUCCACAUUACAUGUUCAACCCAGUAAAAACAAUUAAGACUAAUACAAUAGGAACAAUUAAUAUGUUAGGACUGGCAAAGCGAGUAGGUGCCAAAGUUUUAAUUGCAAGCACUUCUGAAGUCUAUGGUGAUCCUGAAGUACACCCACAACCAGAAACUUAUUGGGGGCAUGUCAAUCCAAUUGGUCCACGCGCUUGUUAUGAUGAAGGUAAAAGAGUUUCAGAAACAUUGAGUUAUGCAUAUGCAAAGCAUGAAAAAGUAUCUGUUCGUGUUGCCAGAAUAUUUAAUACUCAUGGACCUCGAAUGCAUAUGAAUGACGGACGAGUAGUGUCCAACUUUAUAUUACAGGCUCUCCGAAAUGAGCCAAUUACUGUAUAUGGUAGAGGUAAUCAAACACGUUCAUUUCAAUAUGUUUCUGAUUUAGUAAAUGGAUUGAUUGCCUUAAUGGAUUCUAAUUAUACACAGCCAGUCAACCUUGGAAAUCCAACUGAACAUACUAUUAACGAAUUUGCUGUAAUAAUUAAAGGGUUGGUUGGUGGAAAAAGUAAAGUUAUCACAACGCCAGCUGUUGAAGAUGACCCACAAAGAAGAAAACCAGAUAUUACCCGAGCAAUGACUUACUUAAAUUGGAAGCCUAAGGUGGGCUUGAAAGAAGGUUUAAAAAUGACAAUUAACUACUUUAAACAAGAAAUAAAGAAAUCACAAAAAACUGUUUGAUGUAUAAUAUUCUUACUACUUAUGAAUUAUUAAUUUGUAUUUCAACUGGUGUGAAAAAUAAUAUUUUUACUGGUUAUAUGAUUAUUUAUUUUAAAUUUGUUAACUAUUGAAUUUAAAUUGAUUUUAUGAAAAUGUAUUACACUAUUUAUGUAAAUGUGACAAUUGUUUUUUAUUUAUGUUUAUAUUUAUUUAGUAUAUUUUUGUAAACUUCUGUGAUCUCUAUAACAUUUUGUCUUAUUGUGUUAUGUAGUUAUUUUCCUUUUGUUGCGUUUGUUAAUUAAAUCUGUUGAAUAAAAUGAAUAUAUAUUUUUUUAA